CGGUUCGUUUCAAUUUCCAUCACUUCGCACGCAAACACCGCUCCCUGCAAAAACCCACAGCUCUCUCUCUCUAAACCACGUUCUCCUCACCGCGCAGCUUCUUCUUCGUUCUUCCUCUUCUUCGUCUUCUUCUUCUUCUUCUUCUUCUGCUACUCCUACUUCUCCUCUCUCGUUUCAUUCCGAAUUCGUGUUCUUUCGCCCCGAUUUCACCUCUCUCUCUCUCUCUCUCUCUUCCGGCGCUCCGCCGCAAUGAACGACGGAAUCGGCCGCCCCGCCCCGCCGCCGCCGCCGCCGCCGCUAAUUGAUUCCCGCCGCGCCAUUCCGCUCAGCAUUCGCGUAAAGCAGGUGUUUGCUUCCAGCGGAGGUUCAACAAAUUUUAAGGUAGACUGGGGCUAAUCUGCCCAGUCUAAUCUCUUCGCAUCAAUGGGCAGUACCUUCAAUCCACAGAUUUUAGUUGAAAAGUUAGCAAAGCUUAACAGUUCACAGACAAGCAUAGAGACUUUGUCACAUUGGUGUAUUUUCCAUAUGAACAAGGCAAAACAAGUGGUCGAAACAUGGGAUAGGCAGUUUCACUGCUCAGCUAGGGAACAGCGUGUGGCUUUUCUAUAUCUUGCGAAUGAUAUUUUGCAAAACAGUAGGCGAAAGGGUUCUGACUUUGUUGGUGAGUUCUGGAAGGUUCUUCCAGAGGCCCUUCGUGAUGUGAUUCAAAAUGGGGACGAUUUUGGAAAAACUGCUGCCCUGCGAUUGAUUAACAUAUGGGAAGAGAGGAAAGUCUUUGGUUCAAGGGGCCAGAUUCUUAAGGAAGAAUUUGGCGGCAGACACCUGGAGAACAGUGACAGGAAUGGAAAAGAUAUGGGACAUAAGCUGAAACAGCCUGUUGGAAAUAUCAUGGACAAAAUAGUGUCAGGUUAUCAACAUCUUUGUAGUGGCCCAGUGGAUGAAGAGGUCAUAUUGAGCAAAUGCAGGAAUGCUGUCAGCUGUUUUGAGAAAGUAGAAAAAGAAAUUGGCAGUGACAGGGGUUCAGGCGGAUCCCAUGAUUCUGCAUUCAUGGAGGAGGUGCAGGGGCAGUUUACUGUACUGAGGACCUGCAUUGAUCAAUUAACCACAGUUGAAUCCUCAAGAACAAGGCUUGUGUCUCAUCUUAGGGAGGUUCUUCAGGAGCAGGAAUUCAAGUUGGACCGAGUCCGUAAUGAACUUCAGGCUGCUCGAUCAAAGUCGGAGCAGGCAAACACUAUCUGCCAACAGUUACUGGAUAGCAAUGGUAGUCAAUUGCUGGUCAACCAGAGCUUGAAAGACAUCCAGACAUCCAUAGCACCUCAGACCUACAUACCAGCAGAGAGGGAACAAUCCGUCCCAGUAAUGUACUCACAGCGGGCACCAUCUUAUCCUGAGCAGUCCAGCCACAAUGAGGAAGACCCUCGGAAGUCUGCUGCUGCUGCUGUGGCUGCGAAGCUGACAGCAUCGACAUCAUCAGCCGAAAUGCUGUCUAUGGUCCUUUCCUCGCUGGCAUCUGGGGGUGCCAUUAGUAAUCCGGUGAAGGACUCUUCCGGUGAUUAUGCUUCCGAAAAGCGUCCUAGGCUCGAGAACAACCAAACGCCUUACAUACCAUCUCAAAAUCCUGAGCAGCCAACCAUUCCUCCAUUUACCCAUCCAGAGUCCCUCCUACACAAUGGCACAACCAGUGUGCAACAGCCUCUACCUCCUCCUUCAUCCUCUCCACCUCUUGCGCCACCCCUCCCACCCAUGACUUCAUACCCAGCACCGCCUCAGUUCAUGCAAGCUGCUGGACCAAUGAAUAAUGGCAUGCCAUUCAACUACAGCUUGAGCCAACAGCCACAAUCACUGCCGGGUUAUCCAGUAGUUGGAACUUCAGUGUCUGGUGGAUUACCACCAUUCCCUACACCUCCAGCAAGCUCCUAUCAGGGUUUCCCUGGUUCAGAAGUCGGUUUCUACAACCAGCCAACGUCCCUGCCAACAGCACCAAUGUCUCGGCAAUAGAGAUUACAAGCCGAGUUUUUUGAUUUCGAGGUGCAAGUGCUCAAUUUCAUUGUAGACUGCCAGAGUAUCAAAAGUCCUCUCUUGACAUCUAAGGUGUGAGCCAUUAGUUAGGAGUUCCCUUGCCUUGGUGCCAUCUGCAGUUGACAUAUUUUCAUCUGCACAUAUAACAUAGCUUGAUUGUCUGUAGUCAGUAUUUAUGCGAUUCUUACUUUAUGCGAGUACGAAAAUGUGAAGUUAACUUGAACUGACAAGAGGCAUUACACCCUUUUAGAGCCAUUGUACAUUGAUUGUUAUGACGAAAUCAGCUGACAUUUAUUUA